GAUGCUCCAGGAAUGACCACAAGUUAGGACCUUAAUAACUGUUGCAUCACCAGUAUAUAUAAAGUUGACAGGAGAUCCAAUCCAAGGCUUGUGUGCUGGUGCCAAAAGAAAAACCCUCGCACUUACCUAAAAUUAGCCUUCUUUCUUCAAAAUCCCGAAUUUUUUUCGCUGAAAUGGAAUACGCAAAAUUGACCCUGAAACCUCCGACUUACGGAAACCUUAUUACUAUCCUCAGCAUCGACGGAGGCGGCAUAAGGGGAGUGGUUCCAGGAGUCAUCCUAGCUUGCCUGGAAUCUGAGUUACAGAAGCUGGAUGGCGAGGAUGCAAGGAUCGCGGAUUACUUUGACGUCGUAGCAGGAACAAGCACCGGUGGACUUCUGACUGCCAUGCUAACGGCACCAAAUGAGAAAAACCGUCCCUUGUUUGCCGCCAAAGACAUCAAAUCCUUUUAUUUCGACAAUGGCCCCAAAAUAUUCCCACAAAAUAGGUGCAGCUGCUUGUUUUCCUCCAUUGCGCAAUCGGCAAAGCUUGUGUUGGGGCCAAAAUAUGACGGCAAGUAUCUGCACAGCCUUCUGAGGGACAAGCUUGGAAAUCUGCGGCUACAUCAGACUUUGACCAAUGUCGUUAUUCCGACCUUCGAUAUUAAGCAGCUUCAGCCUAUUAUCUUCUCCAGCUUUGAGGUGAAAAGGAAGACAAGACUCGAUGCUCUAAUUUCUGAUAUCUGCAUUGGUAGUUCAGCAGCGCCAACUUACUUGCCGGCCCACUUCUUUCAAACCUCGGACUCCACAGGUGCGCUGAGGGACUUCAAUCUCAUCGACGGUGGUAUGGCAGCUAAUAAUCCGACUCUGAUCGCCAUCAGUGAAGUGACGAGAGAGAUCACCAGGAAAUCCCCUGCUUACAACUCCAUAAAUGCAUCGGAAUUUGGCCGGUUUCUGGUGAUAUCCGUGGGAACCGGAUCAGCAAAGGUUGAGGAGAAGUAUGAGGCCAAGUCGGUGGCUAGAUGGGGUGUCUUUGGUUGGUUGAUGGGAGCCAAUUCAGUUCCUUUAGUGGAUGUGUUCAUGCAAGGAAGCGCCGACGUGGUUGAUUUUCAUCUUUCUGUGGUUUUCAAAGCCCUUAAUUCCGAAAAUAACUAUCUCAGGAUUCAGGAUGACACAUUGAGAGGGACAGUAUCGACAGUCGACACUUCUACAAAGGAGAAUCUGAACAAUCUUGUCAAAGUCGGUGAGGAAUUGUUGAAGAAGCCAGUUUCGAAGGUGAACCUGGAGACUGGUAACUUGGAGCCCUCAAAGCUGGAGACUAAUGAACAGGCUCUGAAAAGGUUCGCAAAGCUACUUGUGGAAGAGAGGCGCCGCCGUCAUGCCAAUCACUCCGAAACUCUCAAGCAAAGCAUAGUAUAAAGCUAUACUUGAAUCCUAUUCGUCCGGUCAUUUAUGUGUGGAACUUACAGUGGGCAGUGAAAGCAGGGAAAUCCCUCCUCUAUGAAUAAGAACCUGGCUGGUAUCGGUCUUCUCUUGCUAGUUGCUAUUACUCCAAAUUGUUGGUAUUAUCCGACAAUGAUCGCAUACAAUUUCUUUUAAGCUGUCAAUAGACCUAAUAAAGAUUCCACAUGUAAAGCUGGGCAAUGUAAGUCCAACUUGGAUAUAGGCUUUGUAAGAAUUUGCUUUUUCGCCACUCCAAAACUAUGUAAGACCAAGCUGUUAUAUGA